AUGCAGCAGAGUCCCAAUGGCAUCCACUUCACACAGCAGGAACUCGAGUACUACCAGCAGCUGUAUUCCAUCGCGAACCCUGCAGGAACGCAGACCAUUGACAGUAUAUCUGGUGGACAGUUUCUUGUCCGGAGCGACCUUCCGCGCGAAAGUUUGCAUGAAAUUUGGAAGAUCGCUUCUUCUAACGCUGCACAGGGAUACUUGAACUUGGAGGGCUUCUUUGUGGCUUGCCGACUUGUGGCUUGGGCACAAACAGGCAUCCAGCCAGACCCACAAUGUGUAUAUCAAGAACCACCAGUUCUCCCUGAUUUUCCAGGGCUACAGAGACGAAGCCCGUCCGAAUCUGGGCAGGGCUCUAGGCCUCAGAGUGUCGGGGGCAGCGAGCAAUCCGAACUGCAACCUGUCAUUGGUGGAGGUCGAAGAAUGCGUCAGGAGAACGGAGGCGCCACACGAAGAGCGCGUUCUUCGUCCCCUCGGACUUUCACAGCUGACAGGUGGGCGCCCUCACGCAGAGAAAAGCGGAAGUAUGCUUCCCUUUUCAAGAGGACAGAUUGGGACCAAGAUGGUUUCGUGCAAGGAAACGAGGCCAGCGAGCUUCUGGAACGAUCCGGGCUGGAAAGGCAGUCUUUGGGAAGAGCCUGGGAACUGGCGGACCAAGAUUGCGAUGGAAAGUUAGACUUUGCAGAGUUUGUGUGCCUCGUUCAUCUCGUCACAUGCGCGCUGCGCGGACAAAGAAUUCCAGGCCCCGGCGAGGGGCUCCCGCAUCAGCUGGCGCAGUCUCUUGCGAGCCUCGAGCCGCUGGAGAUGCUGGCGGCCGAGCGCGAAGCCAGCCGGAGUCGAAGUGCAUCCCCUCAUCCAUCUGUCACAGCCACACCAACUGAAAAGACUGGUCGGAGAGCUAGGUCAUCGUCUCCUCGCUCCUUUACUGCUGACAGGUGGGCGCCCUCACGCAGAGAAAAGAGGAAGUAUGCUUCCCUUUUCAAGAGGACAGAUGGGGACCAAGACGGUUUCGUGCAAGGAAACGAGGCCAGCGAGCUUCUGGAACGAUCCGGGCUGGAAAGGCAGUCUUUAGGAAGAGCCUGGGAACUGGCGGACCAAGAUUGCGAUGGAAAGUUAGACUUUGCAGAGUUUGUGUGCCUCGUUCAUCUCGUCACAUGCGCGCUGCGUGGACAAAGAAUUCCAGGCCCCGGCGAGGGGCUCCCGCAUCAGCUGGCGCAGUCUCUUGCGAGCCUCGAGCCGCUGGAGAUGCUGGCGGCCGAGCGCGAAGCCAGCCGGAGUCGAAGCAGAAGCGCAUCAACGCACCCGUCUGUAGCACCUGCAGAGGCUUUCGUCGAAGACCGGGGCAACACCUUUGGUGCUGAGGCAUUCCCGAGUGCCGAAACGGACGCUGUCACUUGGCAAGGCGGAGGUUUCGAAGAAGGCGGGUUUGCACCAGGCUUUGACAGCGGAGGAGGCUUUCCGUCUGAUGGCUUUCCAGCCUCUGCUGAGUUUGGAUUUCCAGCAUUUCCGGACUCGGUGCCUGAUCAGGGUCAGGCUUUCGAGAAUGCAACGUCCAGUAACUGGCCCCAGGAGCUUCCGGCAUUCGAAGCAGCUGCCAGUUCCUUUGACGAUGCCAAGGCCUUCAGUCCGGGAAAGGAUCCUUUCGCAACAAAUCACCUUGGCCUUGGCGUAAACUGUGCAGAACAACUGCACUCGGUUGCCAAGUUCGAUGGGAAGCUGGCAAAGAAGUUGCGAGAUGAAGUUGAUCAGCUUGAUAGCGAGCUCCGGCGCUUGCAAGACAUGGGCGUGAAACUCGAGCAGCAAGUUGCUCUCGAAUCCAGGGAGUGUGAGCAACUCCUCGCCCAAAAGCAGACCCUUGAGAGAGAACUUGUUGAAGACAAGCAGAAACUCCAGCAGCUGCAAGAUGCACGCAGCAGCGCCAACCUUGAGAGCCUUGCCUUGCGUCGCGACCGCAAUCAUUUGAGCCAUGAGUUGGUCUUUCUGAGACAGGUUGCCGAGAAUGAUGAGGAGAUGCUGCUCAUGCUCAGAGAGUCCAAUCAAUACUUGGAAGCUUCUUACCGCAGCCUCGAAUCCAAUUCAGAGAUGCUCAAGGAGGUUCGAAAAGAGGUUCAAGUGGAAAUUGCCAAGGAGAGGGAGCAGCUCCAGCUGGAUCAGCGCCAAUAUGCUGAACUACAGGAGAUGCUUCAGCAGCUGACUCACCCUGGCCAAACCUCAGGCCUAAGCGGGGGUAGCCCGGGAAAAUCCCUGGCAGCCACGCUAACAGAUCGUAUCAAGCUGCCGGCAACUACACUCCCUGUGCAGACGUCCUUCCCGCAUCGAGAAGGAGUUUAG